AUGUCUGACGGAGAUGUUGAAGCGCCAUGUCGUAACUUGGAACUUGCACCGUACGGACCGACUGAGGCUAAGGACGCCGAAACGGAGGCAGGAGACUGGGGGUUCCUGGAUGCAGAGACAGAGGCGCAAAAGGAUUCAGAGGUGACUGAUGACGAGGAGACGCAGGACGCCAUACCGGAGGUCGCAACGAAGGACGCCGAUGUCGAGUUUGGAAGAGCGGGUGUGGAUAGAGGAGACGCGGAGACAAAUGAUGGCACGGCCGAUGUGGCGCCAGAGGACGCAGAGACAGAGGAUGGUAAUGAGGAGGGGGCGUGGGAAGACGCAGAGACAGAGGAUGGUAAUGAGGAGGGGGCGUGGGAAGACGCAGAGACCGUUAACACAAAUGCGGGUGUGGCGCCAGAAGACGCAGAGACCGAAGACGGAAAUGCGGAGGUCGCUAAACGUGAGGCAGAGACUGAGAACGGAAAUGCGGAGGUCGGCAAACAAAAAGCAGAGACCGAGGAAGGAAUUGUGGAGGUGGCGCCAGAAGACGCAGAUACCGAGGACGGAAAUGCGGAGGUGGCGCCAGAAGACGCAGAGACAGAGGAGGGAAAGCCAUUUGUGGUGCAGGAAGACGCAGAAACAGAGGACGGGAAUGUGGAAGGACUGGCAGAAGACGCUAUGACAGAGGAGGGAAAGCCGGGGGUGGCGCUGGUAGACGGGAAAGCAAAUGAAGGGAAAGACGCGGCAUGGCGACAUGAACCGGGGUUGACAGGCAAGGGAGGUUAUGUCUCUUCCGCCGACGCCGCCAUAGAGCGAUCUAACUUUACAGCACAUGUUAAGGCUCGCGUCACACUUCUCGUAGCCCUGGGGGCUACACAUCAUCCAGGAGCAGGCCGGUUUUCCACGGCCUAG